AUGAUAUUGGAGUUGGCAGAUAUUCUGGAGCAAACAUUUGCAGAGAGGGCAUCACUGCAGUGCAAUGUUCCAGGACCAAAUCCAUCAUUCUUAGUGGGCAAUCUUGGUUCAGUGAUUUUCCAGAAACAGCAUAUAGGACUUUUGGCUAACAAAUGGUACAAAAAAUUUCGAACCCUCCCCUACGUUGGGUACUACAAAGUUUUCAAACCUGCAAUUAUGGUUAAUGAUACUGAACUAGUGAAGAAUAUAUUAAUCAAUGAUUUUGGAUCAUUCUAUUCAAAUGAUAUAAGUGGGUCUGAUGAUCCUCAAGACAUUGGAUCGGGUAAUCCUUUCACUCAGCAAGAUGAGCAAAAAUGGAAAACAGGUCGUGCUGCAAUGGCUUCAUUAUUCUCAGCAAGCAAACUCACAGGUCAUACUCUAGGAUCUUUUGUAGAUGGAUAUGAAACAUCAAGUACGUCCAUGUCCUUUGCAAUGUGGCAUUUAGCCCGUAAUCCAGAUAUCCAAGAGAGGCUCUACGAAGACAUUUCGGAAGUUUUGCAGAAGCAUGGGAAUGAGUUUUCGUAUGAAGCAAUCAAUGAAAUGGAGUAUCUCAAUAUGGUAAUGCAAGAGACUAUGCGUCUUAAUACAAUAAUACUGUCAAUGCAUAGAAAGUGUAGGAAGCCCUAUACUUUGCCACAAUUGCCAGGACAAGAAAAACCGUUUGUCAUUCAGCCCGGAACACCAGUUCUUAUUCCAGUUUAUGCCAUCCAUCAUGACCCAGAAUUCUACCCUGAUCCGUACGUCUUCAAUCCAUUGAGAUUUACCGAAGAAGAGCGUAAAAACCGACCAAGGUGCGCAUAUCUACCUUUCGGCGAAGGUCCUAGACUUUGCGUUGGAAAAAACUUGGGCGUGAUGCAGUUCAAAUUUGGAAUAGCGAGCAUUAUCAAAAAUUUCAAAAUCUUGGAAUCGCCAAAUUGCAAACCAGUUGAAAUAGAUCCAAGAUCACCUCUUUUGCUACAAACAGUUAACAGAUUAUUAGAGAUAUCGUCAGCAGCAAAAAUUGAUCGUCUCAAGAGACUGAUAAUGGGAAAAUCCCCAUGGAUGAAGAGUGCAAAAGCCUCCCGAUGUCUGUCAGAAGAUUCCCAAGAUUGCGUCCAUCAUCUUGUUCAGCAGAGUGUUUACAGCUGA